UCCCCCUGCUUGUGUUCCCUCUCUCACUGGCUGUCUCUAUCUCUGUCGAAUAAAUAAAUAAAAUCUUAAAAAAAAAAAACACAUUCCUUUUUUCUUGACCAGUCUUACCAUGGCUUUUAACACUAUCAUACUAGAUUUUUAAAUUACAAUAAAAAAUGAACUCUAUGUUAAUAAAAAUAAAAAGAAGAAAUAGAUAACAUUUCUACAAAAUAUAAAUUUCAAAAUUGACUCAAGGUGGUGUGGAAAACCUGAAAAGAAUAGUUGAAUUUGAAAUAGUAAGAAAAAAAAUCUACUUACAAAGAUUUUACCAGGCUUACAGGAUCAAAUAACCUCUGUCUUAUACGAAUUGCUCCAACAACUAGAAAAGGUGGAAGCUCUGUAACUUACUUAUGUUGGGAGUACAAUCUCGAUUAUAAAACCAGAUAUGGGAGCACCUUGGUGGCUCAGUCUGUUGCGCAUCCAACUCUUGAUUUCUGCUCAGGUCAUGAUCUCAGGGUUGUGAGAUCAAGACCCCUCAUCGGCCCUGUGCUCAACUUGGAGUCUGCUUGUCUCUUUCCCUCUGCACCCCCUUCCCCAUGCCCCUCUCGCUCUCAAAUGAAUAAAUAAGUAAAACCUUAAACAAACGAGAUAGGGACUGAAUAACAAAGAAAAUUAUAAGCCAAUCUCACUUAGAAAUAUAUUUGUAAAAAUUCUAAAUAAAAUUUUAGCAAACUGAACCCAACAAUGGAUGAAAAUGAUAAUAUAUCUUGGCCAUAUAGGUAGAGUUUAUGCUAGGAACUGGGGAUACUAUGACAAUAGAAAAUCUUGAUUGAUCACAUUAUCAACCUGUAGAAAAAUCUACAUGAUCAUCUUAGUAAAUGUUUGAUGAACAUUUGAUAAAAUUCAGUGUUUAUUUGUGGAAAAAUAAAACCUAACACAUAAAAAGAGAAGGAAAUUUCUACACUUGAUCUUAGCCAAAAGGCCAAGAAGCGAUAGAGAAGGAAAUUUCUAUAACCUGAUGAACAGAGUUUAACAAAACCUUCAGUGAACAUCAUAUUUAAAGGUGAAAUGUUAGAAAUAUUCCUUGUAUAGUAAAGAAUAAGACUUUAUUAUUAUUAUUAUUUUACUUUUCAAAGAUUUAUUUAUUAGAGCGUGUGCGCGCUCACACACAGGAGCAUGAGCUGGGGGAGGGACAGAGUGAGAAGGAGAAGCAGGCUUCCCGCUGACCAGGGAGCUGGAUGUCCGACUGGUUCCCAGGACCCCAGGAUCAUGAUGCAAGCCAAAGGCAGACGCUUAACUGAUUGAACCACCCAGGUGCCUCAAGAAUACGACUUUUUAAAAAUAAUGUUAUUUUAAAAAAUACCCCAUUUUCAAUAGCAAUAGAAACCGUAAGACAUCUAAUAAUCCAACAAAAGAGGUGAAGAUAUGUUUGGGGAAAACUAGAGAAUAAUUUCAGGACUUAAAAGAAAUCUAAAAUGAAUGAAGAGAUAUGAAGAUAAAUGAAUAAAUGAAGAUCCAUGUAUUUGAAGACUCAUUAUCGUAAACAUGGUAUUCUCUUCAAAUUAAUCUAUAAAUGGAAUUGAAUUAUAAUCAACAUCUCAAAAAUUUUUUUCUGUAGCUUAAAAAUCUUUCUAAUAAUUAAGGUACAAAGCAUAGAAUUUUGAAAAUUAAGUAGAGGAAUUUACUUUAUCAGAUAUUAAGGCUUUUUAUUCUAUCCUUUUAUGUUCAGUCUAUUGUUAUAUUUACAGUGUGUCUCCUGAAAAGAGGAUAUACUGGGUUUAUUUAAAUUCAGUCUGAUAAUGUAGUGUUUAGUUUUAUUAACAUUUAGUGGAAUAAUGUAUUUGUGUUUAAAACUAUCUUCUUGCCAUUUAUUUUCUAUUUGUCUUUAUUCUUCUGCUCCUCCUUUUUGGCCUUCUUUCAGAUUUAUUAGGUAUUUUUAUGAUAUUUCAUUUCUUCUUUUCUGUUGACCUUCUUUCUUCUUUCUUUUUGUUUUAUGGCUUUUAGUGGUGAAUUUAUUCUAAUUCUAGGAUUACAACAUGCAUCCUUAACAUCCUAGUCUACUUUGAAUUAAUAUUAUAUCACUUAAUGUUCAACAUAAGAACUUUAUAAAAGGACUCUACAAAAAAUACAAUCUCAUUUGUCCUUCUUUUGCUUUUUGUAUUAUUGUAUUUAUUAUUUCUACAUCUAUUAAAUCCCUACCAUUCAUUGCCAUUUUUAAAAUAGUCUUUUAUGUUACCAAUAUAUGUACUAUUUUCAGUGCUCUACUUUUCCACAUAUCCAGGAUUAAACCUGGAACCAUUUCCUUUCAGCCUGUAGAACUUCAAUAUUUUUUAGAGUGUGUGUUUACUGAUAACAAACACUUUCAGCUUUUGUUCGCCUGAAAAUGCCUUUAUCUUGCUUUCACUUUCAAAGGAUAUUUUUGCUGGGUGUAGAAUUCUAUAUUUUGUCUGUUAGCACUUUAAAGAUGUCAUUCCACUGUCUUUUGGCUUACAUUGUUUCUGAUGAGAGGACAAUUUUUAUUCUUGUUCUCCUAAAUGUAAUGUGUUUUUUACUUUGACUAUUAAUUUUUUAUCUUUUCUUUAAUUUUCCGCUAUUGACUAAGAUGUGUCUAAGUGGGGUUUUCUUUGUAGUGUUUAUCCAACUUAGGGUUCAAGAGCUUCUUGGAUCUUGGGUUUAUGUCUUUCAUAAAUUUUGGAAAAUUUUCAGCUAUAUUUGUUCAGAUUUUUCUCCUAAGCUCUUCUCCUUAUGUAUUACAUGUAUUGCAUGUGUUUCUGAAUAGUUUGAUAGUGUUUCAUAGGUAUCUGAUGCUCUGUUCUGCUACUUUCAUUUUUUCUCUGUAUUUCAUUUUGGAUCAUUUCUGUGGACCUAUGUUUAAGUUCACUGACCCAUUCUUAUGUUGAGUCCAGUCUGACGCUAAGCCCAUCUAAUGAAUUCUUUAUUUGAGAUACUAUACUUUUCAGUUCUGGAAUUUUCAUUUUGUCCUUUUUUAGGGUUCCAUUUCUCUGCUAAAAUUCCCUUUCUAUUCAGCCAUUUUGUCCAUCUUUUCACUAAAUUAUCUAACAGAUUCAUAGUAGCUAUCUUUGCUAAUUCCAAUACUUGGGUCAUCUAUAGAUCUGCUGAAGUGAUUUUAUACGUUGGAUGUUGUGUUUAAAAGAAUAAUAGACACUGAAGUAGAUAAUGCCUUUUCUCAGAGACAACACACCAUUUUCUUUGCCCCACAGCCUGAAUAAGGGACAUAUCACUUCAGUCCACCUAGGGAUCAGACUGAGUUAUAGCUUUAUUUAAAUAGUUUCAGUUUACCUCUGAUUUCAGAUAUUUGGGAGUGAGUUCAGUUCCCUCCAUCAGGGCUUUGGGAAGUACCCAAGAGCGCAGAAAUCUUUCUUUGCUUUUCAGUUCAUACACCCAGUUUCCUAUGAAGCUCCGCUUAGGGGAUGGUUUCUUUGAUCUUAUUAGGUGUUGAGAUGGUUUGGGGCUGGAUUGUAAUUUUACUUUACUUAGUUGCACUUUAACUCUGUGACACCUCAAUAUGGCUAAGUCUCAAAACACAAUGAUGAAAGAAACCGAUACAAAUGAGUACAAGCUGUAUGAUUCUAUAUAUAUAAGUUUCAGGGAAAAUUAAUCUGUUAGAAAUAAGGACCAUGCUUUUCUUGGGAAGGAGGGAGAGAAGUGAUUGGGAGGGGGCAUGCAGAGGGCUUCUCAAGUGCUGGUAAUAUUCUAUUUCUUUACCCUGGGUAGUGAUUACCUGGGUGUGUUAACUUUGUGAAAAUUUAUCGCUCUAUAUACUUCUGAUUUGUGUUCUCUUCUUUAUGUAUGUUAUAGUUUAGUAAUUAAAAAAAAGUGUGUGGGGUGGGAAAAUAUAUAAAAAAAACCAAGAGAAAUCAAGCUACAGAGUAGGAGAAGAUAUUUACAACACAUACAACAAAGGAUUUGUAUCCAGAAUGUUUUAUUUUUAAAAAUUCCUACAAAUCAAAAAAUGACAACAAAAUCUUUAAAAAGCACCCCAAUAGCAAAAUGAGCAAAGGAUGAGGAAAAUCAAAUAACAGCAAAAGAGGCCUGUAUGGCUCAUAAUUCUAUGAAACAGUAUUCAACCUCACUAAUAAUCAUGGAAAUACAAAUUAUAACCUUACUGGGAUACCAUUUCACAUUCAUUUGGGCUAAAGCCAAAAUAUCUAAUAAUACCAAGUUGGUGAGAAUUUGAGGAAACAGAAACUCUCAAACACUGCAGAUAGUAGUGUAAAUUGUUAAAAUUUCUAGAUCAAAUUGAUCAGUUACUGACUUGAAGAUAUGCUGAUUCUAAGUUUCUGCAAUUUUACUUCUGUAAAGAAAGAUACUCUUAUCAUAAAGACUUUCACCCACAUAUGCUAAGGAUAUAUACACAAAGAUACAUACUUCAAAUUUAUUUAUAAUAGCAAAAAAUUAGAAACACCUAAAUAUUCAUCAUUAGAGAAAUGGAGAAACACCUGAUAGCAGUUAAAGUGAAUAAAGUAGAUUUGCAUGCAUCAACAUGAUAAAAACUUAAAAAACAUAAUACUGAAUGAAAAAAGCAAGUAGCAUAAGGAUAUAUAUACUGAGAAAACAUCUAAGUUUUAAAAGGACAGCACAUAUUGUUUAUGGAUAUGUAUAUGAUAAAAGAAUAAAAUAUAGUAAGGAGAGAGAUUCAUCAACUUCGGAAUAGCUAUUACCUCUGGACAAGGAAGGAAAUGGGCAAAAAUGUUAACAUUUAUUAAAUCUAGGCAGUGGGUACGUAGUUGUUUAAUAUAUAUGAUAUUCUCUGUACUUGUUGAUUAUGAAUUUGAAAUAGUUUCAUUUUUUUAAAAAGCCAGAGGCCAAGGUAUGAAGGGUAUUGGAAGCCUUCCUCCCUUUUCCAAACACUCUUCGUCUUUUAAUUCUUUAUAGAUACAGCUUUCACGGUCACUUUGCAUCUAUAUAUUGGUUUGUGCCCUGUCACCACCAGAUCAAGGAGGAGGGUUAAAUACUUGAAGAUGAGAAAAAUUGAUCUGUGUUUGAGCUCUGAGGGGGCUGAAGUGAUUUUGGCUACAUCAAGUGAUGAAAAACACCCACCUGAAAAUAUGAUUGAUGGGAAUCCAGAAACAUUUUGGACCACAACAGGAAUGUUUCCCCAAGAGUUCAUUAUUUGUUUUCACAAACACGUAAGGAUUGAAAGGCUUGUAAUCCAAAGUUACUUUGUGAGGACCUUGAGGAUUGAAAAGAGCACAUCUAAAGAGCCAGUUGAUUUUGAGCCAUGGAUUGAAAGAGAUCUAGUCCACACAGAGGGGCAGCUUCAAAAUGAAGAAAUUAUGGUGGUAGUGUUUGUUUAAUUAAGGUUUCUCUAAAUGAGGCUGAAAGAGGAACCUAGUCCAUUAAGUUUCCUUCUUCACAACUUACUGGGUGCUGCUAUGAAAUCCGUGCUUCAAAAGAUUCUGUAGGAAGUUUUUGAAUGCUGUUAAUUAUCUUCUCCACCACCCAAAUGUGCCCAACGACUGGAGAGGCCAGUGGGGGCCAGAAAAAUGAUUAAUUAGACUGAAUUUUAUCUGCCGGUUUUUCUCCAUCUUUACUAAUGGGUUAUGAUUAGUAAGCCUCUGCUAAGUAUUUUGUUUCAGGACUCACUGUGAAUCAAGGAGCAUUGCAACAUUAUAGAACAUUUGGAAAGUAGUAAGGGGGAGUGGGCAGCUGGAAGUCACCCAUUUUCGUAUCCUGCCACAACAGCUUUUAUUACACUUAUUUUCUUCUAGUUGUCAAUGUGCGUCACAUAGUUUUAAUAGUAAAAAUGAAGAAUUUUGUAUCUUUUUAAACAAUUUUAUAUUACAAGUUUCAUAAUUGUAAUUUCAAAAUGAAUGUAUGAAAAUAAGCAAAUGUUCACUAAUUUCAUUUUUCCUCCCUCUGUCAUUGUAAGUAAUCCUACAGGGGACAUCUUAUGCAUGUUCUCACUACCAUGAUCUUCACCUUUUAAAUUAUUCUCUAAGAUUAAAUUUCAAGGAUUGAAAUUACUGGAUCCAUUAGUGUAGACUUAUUUAUAGCUGCUUUUAUAUAUUGCCAUAUUGCUUUCCAGAGAAAUUAUAUAAAUGUAAAAAUAUAAAAUGUUUCAGGGUGGUAUAGUCAGAGGAAUCAUCAAACAAAGGAAGUCUCCUAACAUGAAAAAUACUUUAGAAAGACACUUCAAAAACAUGAAUCAGAAAUGUAAAGUGGUGAUUUUUAGUUCCACCUGCUAUUUUUCACCAAACCAAUGCUGGUAUUCGCCUGAUGAUACAGAAGAGCAGCGGUACUGUGAUAUGCAGCUGGCUUCUCCUCUGAAUAUUUUAUAUAUUAUUACAUAUUUAGGAUAUCAUUUUUGCAUCAAACUCUUUCUUCUGCUAACUGCUAUUUAACAGUUAACUAGAAUUGCUAAAAGCUUCCAUAUUGAUUUUUCCU